CUGUAAAAAUCAAUAGAGACCUUCAUACCCUCAAAUUAACACAAUAUUUUUUGACUUUUUUAGAGUGUAGCACAUAUACAUUUGUUUAUGCAUAUAAUAUCAUGGCCUCCUGCAGAACAGCUUUCUACCAGUUCCAUAAAAGCUUGGAAGAUACAUUAGUUUACAUGAUCCUCACAUGAGAAUGACUGGUGGUUUUAUUGACUUGUCUACUCAACCACUUCACUUGUGCAGUUGGAAUCAUGGAAAAGCUCUUAAGAUAGCUAUGGGGAUUGCAGCACAGAAGUAAAGUAAAUGAGGUCAAUUUCAAUGCAUUAUGGAACCAGCAUUAGUCUCCAGCAUUUGAGAUCAUAAAUGAACCAUAAUGUGAGAACCACAAUUUCAAACCAAUUUUCCAGCCAAGUGCAUGAAUUGUUCUUGCUCGUCAAUAUGGAAUAAAUAUAUUACAUUUUCAUAAACUUCUAUAUCUGGAUCUUUUUACAAAUGUGAGUCAUCUUAAGACCAUUAAAAACAUUCUUUGUGUUCACGCUUGAAAGGAAAGACCACAACUUUAUUCAGAAUACAAGUUCUUUUUACCUGAAGCAUUGGCAUCAGAGGGACUUUCCCUCUUUAUAAUGUUUUUUAGGAAAGGGAAAAGGUGUUGACUGAACAAAGACAAAGGGAUCAUGGGCCAAUUUCAUUUUCUACUUCAUAUUACUUGUUUUAUAAUCUUUAGAUCAGUUAGUUAAUAAAAUAAAAGCUUCAGUAUUAUCACGGAAUGUUACGAAAGCAAAGGUCCUCAAGUUGUAACCUUGAAUUAAAAUAAUGCUCAAAAAGUGUAUAGCCUAAUACUCUAACAAAAUGUACUGCAGGGGUCUGUGGACAGAUCGAUUUGCAAUACGAGAGAUUUCUCUAAAAAUAUAUGAAGAGUUUAUUUGCAAAAACAGAUAACUUUAAAAUUUUCAAAAAUCGUGUUUUUUUUAUGUUAUCAUGUUUUUAUUGUGUUUUACUGUUAGUUAGCUGUAUAUUUUUUGUUAUUUUUACUUAAUCAAAAUAACCCAACUGCAGUUUGAUUGAGAUUAAUUGGAAUGCACAAUUAAAAAACAUGAUUUUUGAAAAUAGUUAAAAACAGAGCUAUCUGUUUUUGCAAAUGAACUCUUCAUAUAUAAUCUUUGGUUGAUUUUGCUAGAGGACAUUGUAAAUAAUCCAAAGUUCAUUGAGAAAAUUAGCAUAAUGUAAUAAUGAUGAGUUAGUAUACAGUGUUAUAAAUGAAACACAAUAAUAUUAGGGGGUUCCUCGGCCAGCUAAGACUCAGCAUCCCCAUUAUUGGCAAGAAACAGUUGACAACUCAGCUGUAACAUAAUGUCAAUGUUAGUGACCUCUUGUGGUGCUUAUGCAUUGAAACCAUAAGGGCCUGUUGUCUCAUUGUUGCCGAAAACGUAGAAGAUAGAAUAGUCAACACUAGCCUGUUUACGUCACUGAUUAGUGACUGAGCUCAAUCAUAUGCUACAGUCGUAGAUAUAAACAAACAAUAAAGACAACAUAUGUAGCCUAUAGAUACACACGACUCUAAAGUUUCUAAUUAUAGGAUACACUCACUCACACAUAGGAUACUAAUAUGCGUUGCUGUGUUUUAAGUCUUGUUAGGCUAUAUAUUUUCCACAUACAGAUAUGCUUCGACAUUCUUUAGUACUGUUCAAGCACCGCAUUAAGGCUAGGAAAAAAUUACUAGAAAUGAAAGAUACAGACAUAAAUUGAAGGCGGUGCGGUUUGACUGCGCUGCAGAGCGCGCGCGCGUCUGUCUCUCGCGCUCUAGUCAUUGUUACAAAUUGUCGCACCUAGACGGCGACAUAGAGCUCGAGUCUGCUAAAAAAACAACAACAUUUCAGCCUCUUUUCCUCCUGGCCAAAAUGCCUGAGCACGUUUGAGUGACCAUGGAGCGCGUUUGCCGUCAUGUAGUGAAACGUUGACACGAGGAGGAUUUAUCUCGGAGGAAUGAAAGUUUAAAGCGCACCGAAGGAGGACAACAUGGCUGUGCAGGAGGAAGGAGAGGUUUUGCACAGUAAAAUCAGACAGCACGAUGGUGUUGUUGGCAAUGCAAACAGCGCGGAGAGCUCCAGGAACGGCUAUGUGAAGAGCUGCGUCACUCCGUUAAAACAAGACCAUCCGAGGGGCUUUUUAUUCAACGUCUGUAGGUUUUGCAAUGAGGAUAUCCUCAAGUCCAAACUAUUCCGCGGCUCGGCUCUCUACGUGGGAGCGCUGGCAGUCCUGGCGCUCUCCUGCUUCAUUUCUAGGAGCUUUCAGAGUGAACACGGCGUCUCGGAGCUGCGGACUUUCCUCUUUGGUUUCUCCCAGUCCAUCAGUCCUUUAUUCAGCAUCGGCUGCGCGUAUUUCUUCCUCACUCUCUACCUGAGGCGGACGAAGAGGGAAAGCAGCAGAUGUUGGCUUUUGUCCUUACCAGCAUCAUGCUACUUGGGGGAUUUGAUGGUCUUGCGCUUGUUGCAGUGGGGAGAGGAGCACCAUCAGAUGCAAAUGAUGGGCAGGUUGCUGUUUGUGCUGGGCUGCGUGGGUCUGCUCACUCUCAUCCCCACUCUCAAACUCAAACACAGCGUCCUGAUCCUGGUCUUCGCGAGCCUGGUGUGGCUGCUGUCCUUCACCAGCCUCGGCUGCCUGUCUCCGUGCCUCAGGCCGGUGCUGGCGUGUAUGGCGGGGGUCUCCGGCGCUCUGCUGGCGCUCUGUUUCGAUCACUAUUACCCACCGAGGGAGACGGCCGGCAGGAUCCCUAACGCGGAGGAGAAAGUUCCCGUCAUCAGACCCAGGAGAAGGUCCAGCUGUGUUUCUUUGGGAGAGACGUCCAGCAGUUAUUAUGGCAGUUGUAAGAUGCCCCGCAGACCUUCUCUGCCCUGUAUAUCCAGAGAACAGAUGAUCCUGUGGGACUGGGACCUUAAACAAUGGUACAAGCCACAAUAUCAGGGUGCAGUGAGUGGCAAUGGUGUGGAUCUCUCUGUGAUAAACGAGGCCAGGAACGUGGUCUCAGACCUGCUGAUGGACCAGUCUCUGUCACCACACGUCCUCUCGUCACUGCGCAGCGUCAGCAGCCUCAUGGGAGCUUUCUCUGGGUCCUGCCGGCCCCGGGUCAAUCCCUUCACCCCCUUCCCCGGCUUCUAUUCCUGCACUGAGAUUGAAGACCCCUCAGAGAGAGGAGAGAGAAAGCCACUGAAGGGUCUGAGCAGCAGGAACAGUCUCCCUACCCCUCAGCUGAGGCGCAGUUCAGCCUCUUCCUCUCUGCCUCCACUGGAGUCUGCCUCGUCACGCUGGGAACGCACCAAUGGAAAGAGAUCUCACUCUGAGCUCAGCAGCCAGAGUUGUGUUUCUAAUGGGCCCAACAGCAACUUGCUGACUAUUCCUAAACAGAGAUCCUCCUCCGUCACGCUCUCCUACGGCCACACUAUACCCAGAAGACCAGGUGCUUCUCCCAGCCUGAGUCCUGUCAGCUCCCCGAGUCACAGUACCCCUGCUGCUCCCGGCCCCUCUCUGGUCACACGCUCUCCGGUGGAGUUCCCAGACACCGCUGAUUUCCUCACCAAGCCCAGCGUCAAUCUGCACAAACCUCUGGGCUAUACACUGAGCUCACCUGAUUUCCAGCAACAGUAUCGAGGUCUCUCCUCGGCCCCCUUGUGCACCAGUUGUGGUCGACAGAUGCUAAAAGGUGUGGCCAGCAUGGAGGUGGGUGAGGGCCAUCACGCAACAGCCAAUGAGAUGCAAAGAACACGCUCAGCUGAAGGAGGGGAAAACUUGAUCCGAGAGGAGAGCUUGGAGGCAGAGUCUCAGGAGGAGAGGACUGCAGACACAGCGGGGGAAAAGCUAAAUAGCCAGCCUGAGGAAGAGGAACAGACCUCCAGUACGGAGCAGUCCUCAUUGGAUCCUGAGGGAGACGAGGAGUUUAGGUUGGACUCUGUGCUGGUGGACCAUGAAGCACUCAUGGAAAGGAUCAACACCUGGAACUUCCAGAUCUUUGAGCUGAUGGAGAUGACGGGAGGAAAGACUGGCAGGAUUCUCAGCUAUGUGGCGUACACUUUGUUCCAGGACACGGGUCUGUUUGAAAUCUUCAAAAUCCCUGUGCGGGAAUUCAUGACGUACUUUUGCGCUCUGGAGAACGGCUAUCGUGACAUCCCCUAUCACAACCGUGUCCAUGCCACUGACGUCCUUCAUGCGGUGUGGUAUCUCACCACCCGGCCAAUCCCAGGCUUUCAGCAGAUCCAUAAUGAGCAUGUCACAGGAAGUGAUACAGAUUCGGACAGUGGAAUUUCCCCAGGCAGGGUGGCAUAUGCCACAUCCAAAAGUUCCUCAUUCUCGGAUGACAGUUAUGGCUGUCUGGCCUGGAAUAUCCCUGCGCUGGAACUCAUGGCACUAUAUGUAGCAGCUGCUAUGCAUGACUAUGAUCAUCCUGGUCGCACAAAUGCCUUUCUUGUAGCCACUAACGCUCCUCAGGCGGUGUUGUAUAAUGACCGUUCAGUUUUGGAGAACCACCAUGCAGCCUCUGCCUGGAGCCUGUUUCUUUCCCAGCCAGAGUUCAACUUCCUGUGCAGCUUGGACCAUGUUGAGUUUAAGCGUUUUCGGUUCCUAGUCAUCGAGGCCAUCCUUGCAACAGACCUGAAGAAGCACUUUGACUUCCUAGCAGAGUUUAAUUCCAAGGUUAAUGAUGUGAAUAGUCCAGGCAUCGACUGGACUAAUGAAAAUGACAGGUUGUUAGUGUGCCAAGUGUGCAUUAAGCUGGCAGAUAUCAAUGGGCCAGCCAAAGACCGCAGCCUUCACCUCAAAUGGACAGAGGGUAUCGUCAAUGAGUUUUAUGAGCAGGGUGAUGAAGAAGCCACUCUAGGAUUACCCAUCAGUCCUUUCAUGGAUCGCUCAGCACCACAGUUAGCAAAGCUGCAGGAGUCUUUUAUCACGCACAUUGUCGGGCCUCUUUGUAACUCCUACGAUGCUGCCGGCCUGCUGCCGGGAUACUGGAUUGACGAGGAGGGCUCAGACGAUGAAGAAGAGACGGAAGACAUCGAAACGGAAGAUGAAGAGCUGGACGAGGAUCUUGAACCAAAGAGGAGGAAGGGUCAACGGCGGUUAUUCUGCAGCAUCAUGCAGCACUUAACAGAGAACCACAAGGUGUGGAAGAAGACCAUCGAAGAAGAGGAGAAGGCCAAAGAGCUGGAGACUCAGCAGCAGCAGCAAUCCGAGAGCCCCAGCCUUCCUCCGUCCACCUCCUCCUCCGACGACAUCCAGGUCAUUCAAGAGGAGGCCGAGGAGGAGGAACGGCAGUAGCAAGAGGAGAAGGUCAAGAAAUGAAGCUCACCGAGGGGCUUACACAGAGGUGGACGACCCCUCCCUCUCCUUCACCUACACAAACACACACAUUGACACCCAGAGGAAGACCCUAGCGGAUCUCCCCGCGCUGAAAUUCGUCACUGUGCCGACACUCUGAAGCUAAUGCAGUUCACAUUGUGUUGAAAAAAAAAGGCCUUACUACUGUGAGAGGACCCUUUGGUGGGAACCCCACUCCUAUGCACUUUCACCCCAUGGAGAAUCAGCGGAGAACAAACAGAGCUUUGAAGACGCCGAACCGUGUUGCGAGAUUAAAACCAGACGGAGAAGAACACAGGCAGGGGGAGAAUCAUGCCAUCCCAUGGUUCCCUGGCUGUGACGCUGCCUUGAACGUAGAGCUCUUAACUCUCCCGUAGGUACUUAAGUCCAAAAGGACACGAAAAAGACAAUGACGUAAUUGACACCCGUUACCAAAGCGAACAGUUCAAAAACAUAGAAAGACUGUGACUGAAACCGUUUCAGGCUCAGUGUCAGGAAGCGUAACUCAAAAUGUGCCUGUCUGAACUUAAAAAAAAAAUAUAUAUAUAUAAAAUAUUGUUUGUUUUUAUUUUUCUUGUGGUCCAGAAAAUGGGCUAUGUACGCUGCACUGUAUGUGCAGUCCCCAAUUCAUGCUGGUGACAUAAAACACUGUAUUACUGAACAGAGUCAUUAGGACAAGUGGAAAUGCUGACAUUUUGACUGAAAAAUGACCUGACUUCUGCAUCGUUUUGGAUGCUUUUUAUUCAUGUUGAUCACCUUCUUGCAGUUUUUUGUUUGCCUUUGUUGUUUGUAAGGUUGUUUCUUUUUCUCCCCCCCCCCCAUUUGUGGUGUCCCCCCGCUCCCUCUUUUUCCUCUUCAGGAACGCUGAGUUGCCAAUCGUUCUCUGUAAAGUCCAUCUGUGUUGAAAAGCAUAGCAAAUGGGACAGGAAUGCUGUUCAAAUGAAGGGACGUUUCUCCUUUUUUACGUUUAAAUAGAUAUAUUUUUUCACGGUUACUCAGGAUUCAUGUGAAGGAUCGAUCCUUGUUUUUUGCGAAAAUUUAAUUCUGCAAUUUCAACUUGCACGUCGAACGUUCUUUUCAGAUGUGGGACUAAAAAAAAAAAAAAAAGGUUUCUAUUUUUUGUAUGAAUAGCUUGAAAGUCGCUAACAACAAGAGAUGCAAGUGCAGUGUCCUAGACAUUAACCGCCGUCCUUAUCAGCUGCUCCAGACCAGUAUAUCCAUGUUUAUUUUUUUCAAAGACCCACUGAUAAGAAUUGGGAGCCAGGAAAGUUACUGAAAUCUAAAUGUUUGAGUUAGCAUGCAUGUCAUAGGCUAAACAUUGCUUUGGGGUAACUUCACGUUUGGCAUUAUUUGAACAUGCUUGUACUUUAAUUAUUGCCAAACGCAAAAUCUGGCCAGUUCAUUUUCAAGGAAUCCAGGGUUUCACCUUGAAAGCUGUACUUUUUUUUUUUUCCUUCGUAUUUUCUUAUUCUUCACCAUAAGGCAGGUUUAAUACUAAUAGUUCUAUAUUUUUUUGUCUGAAGCAAGAACUCUAGGCAUUCCACUAGAAUAAUGAGGGGAGGACGGGGAGGUGGAGACGGACCUGGGUCUCUGGGUCUCUUUCUCUCUCUCGGUCUGCCUCACCUCAACAAAAACUCAUUUUGUCUCUGUAGAGGAAAGUUCUCAAGUAGGCAGUGUAAAUCAAGCUAGUAUAUUUAAGAGUAAAAAAUAAGAUAUAAAUGUGCACAUUUUACUACCAAACAAGUGUUUAUCCUCUGCACAGAAAGAAUACUUGCAUAUAUAAAUAUAUAUAUUAUAUUAUAUAUUUUUUAAUUAAUCAACAAUGCGUCUGUUUUCUACAUACAGCUGACAUAUAUUGUACAUUGAGACCAUGUGAUUAUCAUCUUGUUUCAGGAGUUUUUAAAAAAAAAAUCUAAUGCUAUUUACAGAUGUGGAUGUGUUUGGGUGUUGUGUUUUUCAGUUUGUUAGUUGUUGUUUUUUUUUGGGUGCACUGUCUUUUUUGUUCCUGCCCAUAACCACUCUUUGCCGAAAGCCCCUAAUUUCUAAAGCUGGCGGCGAUGCCGGAUGCCUCUCUGUCUGUGUCUCCCUUUGUGGGUUUGUUCAUUAGUCACUUUUUUGGCCUGUGCUCAGGGUGUGUUCUGUGUUGGGGGCUUGUGCGCACCCAAAGCAGCUUGUGGUGCUUCUCUCUCUCUUUCUCUCUCUGUGUCUCUUUUUCUGUCCAGACUGUGUGUUCAUCAGUUCUUGGAUUCGGGACUCCAGUGUGGCUCAGUUCGUCCCUCCUCCCCUCCACUUCACUGAGCUCACCCACGCACUCUGAACUUCAUUCAGGUUGCCAAGCAGGGUGAAGGCGGAUCAGAGCGUCAUGGCGCCCCCAUCCCCUCGUGUUGACCACUUGCUCGACUGUGGUAUCUCACAUUUGGGGGUUCGUCGCACCACAGUAACCUCCGACGAUCCUGUCAUCAGUACUUUUAUGAUGGCAUUCACUUUUUUAUGUAGCAUUUAGAUAGCAAUGUCUGAUGUAACCAUUCAGCCUUUUCAGGGUUUUGGGGGAGAAUUGACUUUUUUGUUAUUAUUUAUAGCUGUCAUAAAAGCACCAUCCCUGAACAAGA